AGCUUUGCAGGUCAGGUUCCCCAUUGGAGCCAACCGGUAUACGCCAAGUAUUUGACGUGUACUGAAUGUGUGCAGUGAAUGACAGAAUAUUGUGUUUUAUUCACUGGAUUAUGUUCGAAAUGGCUUCAAAAAAGGAACAGAAGGAAAAUGAGACUCCUGUGAUUAAAGUCAAUAAAUGGGAUGGUUCCGCUGUGAAGAAUGCAUUGGAUGAUGCAGUCAGAGAUGUUUUAAUAAGGAAAUACAAUUACAUAGAGAACUUUUCUUUAUUAGAUGGAAGAUUGGCUCUCUGUGGAGUUGCAGUCGGCGUAGCUACAGUUGCAUUGCUUUGGGAUUAUUUAUACCCUUUUCCUACUUCUAAACCCGUGCUUGUUGGUUGUGUCUCAAUUUAUUUUAUCCUUAUGGGUAUUCUGACGCUCUACACUACAUAUAAAGAGAAAGGAAUAUUUACAGUUGCUAUUCAAAGAGAUCCAGCAGGAUUUGAUCCUGACCUUGUAUGGGAAGCAAGUUCCUAUUUAAAAAAGUAUGAUGACAAAUACAAUCUUGUAUUAUCUGUUAAAACUGAAUCUUCUGUAACACUUAAUGAAACAUCCGUCACGAAAUCCGUCGCUAAUUUCAUAGAUGUCAAUGGUGUUGUCAUUCCAGAGUUGGUAGAAGCUGUGGUAACGAGUAUGCAUGACAGCUUGACCAGUCAUCGUAAAGAGAAGUAGAUUAGAAAGCUACGAGUGUUAUCGAUCUGUAUGCAUUUGUUGCACAAUAUUGACAUACUGAAAUCCAAUUACAAAGCAUUUAAAUGAUUUUGA